AGACUAUCGACUUGAUACAAUACAUCGACGAAUUGUGUGAAAUGACCGACGGAAAAUCACUUGCCAUUAUAUCGGUCUCUGACAAGACAGGACUUAUUCCUCUUGCUCAUGGACUUGUAUCUGCUGGCUUAACACUUAUUGCGUCCGGUGGAACAGCGAAAGCGAUCAGAGAUCAAGGAAUUGAUGUUCAUGAUGUGGCAGAUGUAACAAAGUUUCCUGAGAUGCUUGGUGGAAGAGUUAAAACUCUGCAUCCUGCCGUUCAUGGAGGAAUCUUGGCAAGAGAUACGGAAAGUGAUCGAAAGGAUCUAGAGAAACACAACAUUUCAUUCGUCUCAGUGGUGGUUUGCAACUUGUAUCCAUUCAAAAAAACUGUUCAAUCCAAGGAUUGCUCUGUAGAAGAAGCUGUUGAGAACAUUGACAUUGGAGGAGUCACGCUUCUUCGAGCAGCUGCCAAGAAUCACGAACGUGUCAGUGUGAUCUGUGAUCCUGCUGACUACGAUCAUAUCAUUUCGGAGUUAAAAUCCGGAGGAACUACCCGCGAACGUCGCCAACUUCUAGCCUUAAAGGCUUUCGAACACACGACGUCGUACGACGAAUCAAUCAGCGGAUUCAUGCGCCGUCGGUUCGCUGGAAACGGCGAACGGGCGCUGCCUCUUAGAUACGGCACAAAUCCGCAUCAAAAGGAUGAUGCUGAAUUGUACAUAGUAGAGGACGAAAUGCCAAUCAAAGUGCUCAAUGGUUCACCGGGAUACAUCAACAUAUUGGAUGGUUUGAAUGGAUGGCAAUUGGUCAAGGAACUCAGUGAUGCUACAAAAAUGCCAGCAGCUGCUUCUUUUAAGCAUGUUUCACCGGCAGGAGCUGCUGUUGGUCUUCCUUUAAACGAAACUGAAGCUGCUUGCUGUAUGGUUUCUGAUCUUCCGAUCGAUACAAAAAAACCUUCAUUAGCUGCAGCAUAUGCUCGUGCAAGAGAACAGGAUUGGAUGAUUGCUGAUCGACUUCAAAGAAUUGCACCCUCUAUCGGUGCAGACAGAAUGUCAUCUUUUGGUGAUUUCAUUGCCCUCUCCGAAAAAUGUGAUGAACUUACGGCUAAAAUUAUUAACAGAGAAGUAUCUGAUGGAGUUGUUGCUCCGGACUUUGAUCCGGCUGCAUUGUCUCUUCUUGCAAAGAAGAAGAAUGGUAAUUACUGUGUUCUCAAGAUUAACCCAAAUUAUCUACCAUCUGAAACUGAAGAACGAACCGUAUUCGGGUUGAGACUUCGACAGAAACGGAACAAUGCAGUUAUUAACGCGGAAACUUUUAACAAUGUCGUCGGAAGUGCUAAUGAAUUGAACAAGCAAGCAAUUGAUGAUCUUAUUGUUGCCACAAUUGCUUUGAAAUAUGCACAAUCAAACAGUGUUUGCUUUGCUCAUCGAGGACAGGUCAUUGGAAUGGGAGCAGGUCAACAAUCUCGAAUCCAUUGUACGAGACUUGCUGGAGACAAAGCAAUGAAUUGGUGGCUACGACAACAUCCAACAGUACUCUCACUUCCAUGGAAGAAUGCAAUUAAACGAUCAGAGAAAUCAAAUGCUAUUGAUGUUUUAUGCAGUGGAGUUCUUGGUUCAGAGAUUGCCAUCGACCAAUGGCAGCAAUAUUUCAAUGAGCCAGUGGAGCCACUUGCUGAGGAUGAUCGCAAACAAUGGCUGAGCCAGCAAACAGGAGUUGUGAUGAGUUCAGAUGCAUUCCUUCCAUUCCGUGAUAAUGUUGAUUGUGCUAAACAGUUCGGAGUGUCUUAUGUUGCUCAUCCAGGAGGCUCAGUUCGUGAUGAUGACAUCAAAGAAGCUUGUGAUGAACAUGGAAUAACUCUUAUUCAUACUGGACUUCGUCUCUUCCACCAUUAGAUUUUUUAAGCAAACGGCAGCAAUAAAGUUUACACAUUUUUCCUAACUUUUAUCCAACUUCCCCUUAAUGUACAGUUUUGGCCCUUUUUUUCUAAGUUUUUCAUACAUUUAUGCGAAUAAAUAAUAAAAUUAUAAAGCACCA